GCCGGUCGCUAUGCUGCGCGCCUCGCUCCGCGAGGUCUCGGCAGCCUUGAGGGAAGGACAAAUCACUCCGACGGAGCUCUGCCAGAGGUGCCUUUCCCUCAUCAAAAGCACCAAGUUUCUUAACGCUUACAUUACCGUAACGGAAGAAACUGCUUUGAAGCAGGCAGAAGAAUCAGAGAAAAGAUUCAGAAGAGGUCAGCCCUUGGGAGUGUUAGAUGGAAUUCCUGUUGCAGUAAAAGACAACUUCAAUACAGCUGGCAUUGAGACAACAUGUGCAUCAAACAUGCUAAAAGGUUAUAUUUCUCCUUACAAUGCUACAGUAGUUCAGAAAUUACUGGAUCAGGGAGCUGUGCUUGUAGGAAAAACAAACCUAGAUGAAUUUGCAAUGGGAUCUGGGAGCACAGAUGGGGUAUUUGGACCAGUCAGAAACCCCUGGAGUUAUUCAAGGCAGUACAAGGAAAAAUCUGCCCCAAAAUCCCAUUCUGAGGACAAAGAGCCUGAGUGGGUAAUAGCAGGAGGGAGCUCAGGAGGCAGUGCAGCUGCUGUGUCGUCUUUCACCUGUUUUGCAGCCUUAGGGUCAGACACAGGAGGAUCCACCCGAAACCCUGCUGCUCACUGUGGUGUAGUAGGUUUAAAGCCAACCUAUGGACUGAUCUCUCGCCAUGGUCUCAUUCCUCUAGUGAACUCCAUGGAUGUGCCAGGAAUCCUAACGAGAUGUGUGGAUGAUGCAGCACUUGUGUUAGGUUCACUUGCUGGACAUGAUCCUAAAGACUCUACCACAAUUCAGGACAAAUUCAAGCCAUUUGAACUACCCAAUUUGCCUGAUGUUAGCAAGCUCUCAAUAGGAAUUCCAAAGGAAUAUCAUGCACCAGGGCUUUCUAGUGAGAUUUUGGCUCUCUGGUCAAAGGCUGCUGAUCUCUUCAAGAGUGCAGGUGCUAAAGUCGUUGAAGUGAGUCUACCACACACUCGUUACUCGAUUGUCUGCUAUCACGUGCUGUGCACAGCAGAAGUGGCAUCAAAUAUGGCCAGAUUUGAUGGACUGGAAUAUGGACACCGUUCUGACACGAACAAGUCCACAGAGAGUAUGUAUGCUGCCACACGGCGAGAGGGCUUCAACGCUGUUGUCAGGGGAAGAAUCCUUUCAGGGAACUACUUCUUGCUGAAACAGAACUAUGAGAAUUACUUUGUCAAGGCACAGAAAGUCAGGCGGCUGAUUGCCCAGGACUUUGGGAAGGUUUUUGGGAGCGGUGUUGAUGUUCUGCUCACUCCUACCACCCUGAGCCAGGCAGCACCAUACACAGAGUUCAUCAAGGAAGACAACAGGACCCGCAGUGCACAGGAUGACAUCCUGACACAGGCUGCAAACAUGGCAGGCCUGCCAGCUAUAAACGUUCCUGCAGCUCUUUCAGAGAGAGGCUUACCAGUUGGGCUGCAGUUCAUUGGCCGUUCAUUCCAGGAGAAGCAGCUUCUCACUGUAGCCAAAUGGUUUGAAAAAGAAGUGAAAUUCCCCAUGAUCCAGCUAGAAGAAGUGAAGAGACAUGACCAUGGUGUCUUUCAGCAUCAGAAAUCUGCUUCUUUUUCAUAACACAGGACUUGGUAGUCAGCUAAAGCAGGAAAGCUGUGGAAGAGAUGGUCAGAAAGUGCAUCCCUGCAGUUAAUUUCUUUUUUUGUUGUUGUUGUUUUUUAAAUAAUCCAUUUUAAGAAGCCCAAAUGCAGGGUGGAAUCAUGAGAGCUUGUUACUGUGUAAUUAAGGCAAAGUGAAUCGUUAA